AUGCGCAUUGAGGCACGUAAUCUCGGACUGUCGUACGACGGGGUCACGCCCGUUUUACAAGGCAUCAACAUCACGGUGGAGCCAGGAGAGUCGCUCGCCGUCGUCGGAUUCAACGGAGGUGGCAAAACGACACUUGUGCGCGCGUUGCUCGGGCUACAUAGUCACUCGGGAACGCUGCUCGUCAACGGCAUUCCGUUCGAGGACUAUGACUCCGUGACUUUGCAUGCGCGCAUGUCGUGUUUGUUCCAGGACUAUGACCGAUACGACCUUACAGUUAGGCAAAACGUCGGUUUCGGUGACACGAGGAAAAUGCAUAAUGACGAGGCGUUGAACGGCGCGCUCGCCCGCGGCGGCGCGUCCGCUUUAGUGAAAGGGAUAGGGGGUUUGGAGCGGCCGCUAUCCAACUCCAAAAGGGGACACAUGAACGCUCCAACCGGGCUCAGCGGUGGCCAGUGGCAACGCAUUGCGCUGUCACGCGCCUUCAUGCGGCACGGUGAGACCGACCUGAUCAUAUUGGACGAGCCUUCGGCGUCUCUCGACGCUCGUACGGAGAAGGAGCUGUUUGAGACAGUCCACUCGCUGUCCAAUCUCGGCGAGAAGGGCUCGACAACUUGCAUCCUUAUCUCGCAUCGGUUUGCCACCGUCAAGAAGGCAUCAAAGAUUGCUUUCGUAGAUCAAGGGCGGAUUGUCGAGUAUGGGACUCACACAGAGCUCAUGGCGCUCGACGGACGAUACGCCGAGAUGUACAACAUCCAAAAGUCGGCGUUCGACGACUAG